AUGGCGGGGAACAUUCUGGCGCUGAAAAUGAUCAACGACAUUCUGCACCUGCAAAUUAGCUGGGGUGGAUGGGCGCUGGCAGCCGGAUUGCCGGGCAUCAUUAUGCUGCUGGUCACCCCGCUGGUGAUUUACACCAUGUAUCCACCAGAAAUUAAGAAGGUGGAUAACAAAACCAUCGCUAAAGCGGGCCUUGCCGAACUAGGACCGAUGAAAAUC